AUGUUUGAGAUAGGAAUACAAGCUGCACUUAUUUCCCUAAAGAGUGGUCAAGAAGCAUUGCUAGGCCAUCAAGAAGCAUUAGAAAAAAAACAAGAUACAAUGCAACUUCAAAUGACAAGUUUUUACAAUGAAUUUAAAGAUCGGGAAUUUCCAGACAGAACUAUUGUAACCUCUACCAGUCUCUUCCAUCUGUUCAGGAUCUUGGAACAAACCCUGGCUGGUCAUUGCUUCCUCAAGAGGAUAAAAACAGGCUGUGUAUCAAUCAUUCCAUCAUACUCAGAGACAAUGGAAUCGAUUAUACCAGAUGCCACAGAAACUAGGCAUCAAUUGCAAGGGUUAGCCAGCUCUGGAGAGGGCGUAAGAAGUGAGAAUACUCUGGUAAGUUCAUAUCUGGUAGAAAUUUUAGCCAGUACGAUUCAUGAAUAA